AUGCCGUUGGCUGCGCGCGCUCCGAGUGCAGACGGUUUCAGCACCAGCCUCGGGGACAGACGCCAUAAGGCCGGGAAAACGGAAUCCUCGCCUUGGCGGCUCCUGUCACCACCAGAACUGCUCGGAGGCAGCCCCAGAGAUCGGGAGACACCGGCCACCCGGAGACCCCCUAAGCGUUCGGAGCGGUCUGUCCAAACCUGCGCUCGGGUUUGCCAAGGGCUCAGCCGAGGGUCGUGGGUUCGAGGGGCGCGCUCACCUGCCAGCGCCCCGCCGCCGACGCCCACCUGUGCGGCAGCGCGAAGGCCGGCUUGCAGCGGGCGGCCCGGGAACCCCAGGAAUUUGUUUCGCGUGCUUCCACUGACGGCGGCAGGACGACACACGCACCAAAUCGCGUCUCCAGUUGCAGAGACUUUCCCGCCCGAGUUGCCCUUUGGCUUCUGGCUCGCCCCGGGGUCGCGAGCCAGGGCCGUGCCACCCGUUCCCCCACAGCCACCCCGGGCCCGGACCGCCGGCGGGGCGCCCACUUACCCGGAGCGGGGCGCGCGGGCCGAAGGCGCCGCUCACGCGCGGGCUUUGUCUCCGGCGCGGUGCUCGCGGGGGGCGGCCAGACCGCGCGGCAUCGCUCCUCGGCCGGGCGCGGGGCUGGGCGGGCUCGGGCUCGGGCUCCGCGCCCCGGCUCCCGCGCGCCUCGGCGCUCACGGGCUCGCGGUGGAAAGGCGCGCCCCGCCCCGCCCCGCCCGCCUUCCCCGGGGUCUCCGGGCCGCGUCAGCAGCCCCGCCCGGGCAGGGGAAAGACGACGUGGGGCUGGGGGCGGGGGUGCCGGGGAGAGCGAGCCCGUGCCCCGCGCGCGACAGAAGUCACUCAGACCCAAAGUACUUCGUCUGCUCCCCGCCCCCGGUGCGGAGCUCCCGGAGCGUGUGCGGGCCCGGCGGCGUGCGGAGCGCGGGACCCCCACCUCCCCACCCCGACCCUUUCCGCCCUCCUUCCAUGUUGGUCGCGCCCACUCCGCGGCAGGGUCUCGCCCGGCGCCCGGGAGGGGCCGGGAAAUCCCGCCCGCCGCCGCCGACGUCACUGGUGCGUCACCGGGGCUCCCGCGCCAGGGCUCCGCGCACUCCCCGCGCCCCCCGCCUCGCGCCCCGCCCCGCUCGACCCCCGGCCGGCCGCGCGCCCCCGAGGGGCCCGCCACUCCGCCCGGAGCGCGCGCGCGCCAUCCAGGGGCUGGGGGCGGGGCGGUGGCCGUGGCCGGGGAUCGCGGGGCCGCGGUCCUCGCGGGGUUCCGCCCCCGGAGCCUCCCGCGUCCUCAUGCGUGCCUGGGGGUUAGUUCCGGGGACCAGCCAGGCUGGGUGCGGCCAGUUUCCAUCCAUCCCGAAAGAAUACAUAAUAUGUUCCCCCCAACGCCCCAAAGAAGACGGGCAGCGAGUGGAGAGACGCUUACUACCUGCGAAAAUUCACAAGGCAUUGUCUCGCUCUCCGGGCGAAGGGUAG